UCCCCGGCGGCUGCUCAGGCGCCCGCUGCAUUCCCGCUGUGAUUCCGCUUCAAUCCCGCUUGGCUCCCGCUUCCCGCCAGCCAUGGCCAACCUGCACUCUCGUCGCGGCUCCAGAGACCCCGAGGAGGAGGAGGAGGGCCGGAAGGAGACGGAGGACGGGUUAGAAGCGGAGGACAUCCAGCAGGAGGAGGAAGAAGAGGAGAAUGAGGAGGAGGAAGAGGAAGACGAGGAGGAGGAGGAGGAGGAGGAGGAAGAUGUGGAAGAGGCGGCGGCGGCGGAGGAGUCGAAGAUGUUAGAAGGCCCUAUGCGGUCGUACGAGGAGUACCUCUGCAAGGGCUUGGACUUGGGUGACGACUCGCAGGAAGUCCGCGCCCGCUUGGCCAGCGUCGUCAGCCCCAGCCUGAGCUCCACGCUGACUGCCAUCGAGACGCCGAGCGAAACAAGUAGCCAGAUGAGCCCGGGCCUCCGCUUGAGCUUCUCCUCCCAUAAAAGUAUUCCUAAGAUAUUUAGGAAAGACACGUCUGAAAUGACUUUAGAUAGAACUAUCUAUCAAAAUUUGCAUCUAAAAAUUCCAAGAGCAGUACAAACAGAAGAAAGUUGGCUUCAAGACAUGUAUAAUAAAAGGCCUGCAAAGAAGGAAACAACCACCACAAGAAGGAGGGAAACUGAACCUGACUAUCUAGCGUCUAAGUUGAGAGAAAAAUGGAUAAUUAAUCCAGAAGAGCCAAAUCUAGGUAUUUUAUAUGAGCUGGAGUUCAAGGAAGACUUCAUAAUGUUAUUUGAGCCUUCUCUAAGAACAUUGCUCAGUGUUGGACCACCAGCCAUUCUGGCAUACAAAAAAGAGCGUCCCGAUUUAGACCUUAACUUCAAGGAAAUGGAGGAGGCGGUGGCACCCGACUGUGAGUUUUGUGGAAGUGAUCUAAGAGCAUUUUUUUCUGAUAUGGACACUUACUCUGAAUCAGUAGGACCUGCUUGCUGUUGUAUGCCUUUCCAAAAUCUGAUAGACUACAUCUUUGAUGAAGUAAAAAAACAAAAAAGCUCAAAACCUGAACUGAUCAGUAUUAGACCUCACGCAGCCCAUGGCAGUGAAGCCGAAAGACUCAAGGCGAAGGAGAAAGCCCUGCGGAGAAAACAGGAGCGACAAAUGGCCAGACAUUUUACAAUAAUACCGAAUGAACAGCCUACUUUCCCCGAGGAAGAUCCAAAGCACUUUAAAACGAUAACUUAUCAACUUUCCAUGGAUAUACCAGAAAAACAGCCAUCUAAUGACAUACUAGCUGAUUUUCAACUAAAUAAUAGUCACAUGUCCAUUAUUUGUUGUGAUUCUAGGAGAGCAUGUGGAAAGAUUGUGAGGAACGAGCUGGUAGAGAAGCACUACAAGAACGGGAGCAAGUUUCUGACUUCGUUUCCAGAUGGGACAAUGCAAAUAUUCUAUCCAUCUGGAAACCUAGCCAUCAUUCGAGUGCCUAACAAGAAAACUGGGUUCACUUGUAUAAUCCAAGAAGACACGUCUACUAACCCCACCAUCCUGGCACUGCUGGAUUCCUCCGGCAGAAGUUCCUGUUAUCAUCACAAUGGAAAUGUGUGGGUAUACAUCAAUAUCGUGGGAGGUCAGUAUUCAGACCAAGCUGGCAACAGAAUAAGGGCUUGGAAUUGGUCAGCGUCCAUCACUUCCUCACCCUUUGUUUCGUUUAAACCCGUCUUUCUGGCUUUGAACCAUUAUAUUGGAGUUCGCAUCUUAGAACAAGACAAGAUUUCUAUCACUUUUCUAGCCAUGGGGCAACAGGCAAGAAUCAGUGUUGGAACCAAAGUGAAGCUACCAAACCCUGAGGAGAUUCCAAUCCUCCGAUAUCUGAGUGGAGAUGACCUAAUCCUGCUGGCCAGUUUAAUAAAGAUUCGAAGCCUGUUUCAUAAACUUGAAGGAUGUGUGAAUUUUCCCUCAAGCCAGGUUUGGGAAAAAUUAAAGCAACCUUCCUACCUUUCCUCACUUUCUCUAAAACUCAUUGCCCUCUGCCAAAGCUCUGGUAUAAAGCAAGAUAUAAUGAAAACAAUAAACAAUAUAAUAAAUACAAAAAUUUAACUAAG